AUGGCCUCUCAUUCUCAUGACAAGUAUUACUGUAGUGCUCAUACUAAGCAGUUUGUUAGCAAAUCUUCACAUAUUGACAGAUUCACAUCUGCUGAUGAUAGUGAACUCAAUGUUGAAUUAUUGAUUGAGAACUUGAAGAAUGUGAUAAUGAAGAAAUUGUUCAUAUCAUGUGUGACUGAUAGACUGGCCGCCGGGACCAUGAAUUUCACGUUUGGUCUCAUUUGGUCUGGUCUCAUACAUUUCUUGGCGUGA